UCAGCUGUGUUCUGUCAAACUGACCUGUCAAUCUCUUUAAUUUCGCAUCAUUCGCAUCCAAAACUCAAUUUUUUCAUCUUCAACGCACUGCGGGCAAAAUUCGUAAUGGAAGUGAAUAAAGACGAGGCGGAACGAUGUAUCGAACUGGCCGAGGAACAAAUCAAAAUAAAAAACAAAGAAAAAGCGGAGAAAUUUCUACACAAAGCGGAACGUCUCUACCCGACUCAGCGAGCUAAAGAUUUACUCGUGCAAAUCAAAUUAAUGGCUCCCGCGCCCGAGCCCGACCAGCAGCCGCGACGACGUAAACAGUCUCCCAAACGUGAGGACCACACGACGCCGCAGUACACCACCGAGCAGCUCGAGGACGUAAAACGCAUAAAAUCCUGCAAAGAUUACUACGAAAUUCUCGGGGUCACUAAAGACGCGACGGAUUCGGAAAUUAAGAAGGCGUACAAGAAGUUGGCGCUCCAAUUUCAUCCCGACAAGAAUAAGUGUCCCGGAGCCGCAGAGGCCUUCAAAGCGAUCGGUAACGCCGUCGCCGUCUUGACGGACCCGGAAAAACGUAAACAGUACGAUAUGUUCGGUUCGGAAGAGGAGCGCGUGUCGCGCAGUCACCACCACCACGGCUACACCUACACCAGAGGAUUCGAAUCCGACGUAAACGCCGAGGAGCUAUUCAACAUGUUCUUCGGUAGCGGAUUCGGCAACUCGAACGUGUUCGUGCGCCGAAACGCGCGCGUUUACCGACAGAACAUGGGCUCGAGCGACUCGCAUCACAGCCACCAGAGGGAGCAGCAGCAGCAGAGCGGAUUCGCCGCCUUUUUCCAGCUACUACCGAUCUUGCUCGCGAUCGUGCUCUCGAUGGCGUCGAGCCUGUUCAUCUCCGACCCCGCCUACAGUCUGCAAGCUACCAACAAAUACACUGUGGCGAGGCGAACUGAGAACCUCGGCGUGCAGUACUUUGUGCGCGAGAACUUCCACAGCGAGUACCAGGGUUCGGUGCAGCGGCUCGAGCUGUCCAUCGAGGAGGACUUCAUCACAAACCUACGGCACGCCUGCUAUCGCGAGAAAAAUUACCGUGAUACAAUGAUUUGGAAGGCGCGAAAUUUCGGCGAUCCGGACAUGUUUAAAAGCGCUCAGAGUAUUAAAACGCCCUCUUGCGAGAAAUUACAUAAGAUACGGGGGAUGGGUAGAUAAUUUCGCACUCUUUUUUUUUUUCAAUUACGAAUACUACUACUCGUGGAGAGAUUGUUGAUAAUUUUGAAAUUGUGUUGUAAGUAUAGUAUGUGAUCAGGUAGCCCAAAGGUCAAAUUUUAUUUAUUUAUUGUUAAGAGGAAAAUAUAUGUGAUUUUUCUGUUUA